AUGUCUGGCUUGCAGGCACAACCGCUCAGCGGCGAGGGCCAAUUCAACUGGGUAUUCCAGGUUGAGAUACUCGUAAUCGGCGUGCUUGCGCUCUUCUUCUUGUUCUACUUCAACCGCCUAUUCGCCACUCUCGUGUCUUACGCAAUCCGAUGGUACACUUGGCGCAAUUACAAGGCAUACAUCGACAUAUCCUCGCUUCAGAUUAGCUUGCUCGGAGGCCGCAUAUUCUUCAAGAGCAUACGAUAUCACGCUCACAAUGUCACGGUAUACGUCUACGAGGGUCACAUCACCUGGAGGUACUGGUUGCGACUGGUGCAGGAGGCCGAAGACAGCCCCGAGAGUGGUCACGAAAAGCCUCGGAAGCGUGCGAGAAGCAUUGGAAACGAGGAGAAGGCUUCCACCAAGCCUAAGAAAGAGUUGCCAUGCAGGAUAUCAGUCAAGGUGGCAGGCGUUGAAGCUUUCAUAUACAACCGCAGUCCUCUCUACGACAACAUUGUUGAAGCUACGUUUGGGAAGUCGACGGACAAUCCCUCAGGCUCUCCACACAAUGGCCAUGCUUCUCCACCAACGUCAGAGUCUGGACUUGGGACGGACCUUAGUCAGAAAGACCAAGUUGAAAAGACAGAGACUCAGAACACAUCCGCGAGCGCUAUGUCUCCAGGAAAGCCCGAACUGCCUUUCUUCUUGCGCAUCUUCCCGAUCAAGGUUGAAUGUAGACGUGCUGCAGCGGCUAUCGGCAACGAGAACACGACAAACGUACUGGUGGCAAAGGCAGAGAAGUCUCAAGGCUCCGUCGAUGCAGGCCAUGCGGGUCCCUUGGACGCAUGGAAGUUACUGUUCAAUUUCACGGUCGAAAAAGUGAAUGUUGCCAUGAAGCCGAACCGGGAUUUCAAGGCGCACCAACUUGAUGCCGCUCAACACAUUUUGCACGACAAGGAGCUCGCUCAGAAACCUUCCCCCAGCAGACCUGUCGUACGCACAGCACGCAAAGUACGCAGUAGGCUGAGCAAGUUUGGAGCGUUCUUUCGCAGGUCUAGUGAUAGCGCAGCCUCUCUACGCGCUGCAUCCGUGCAGAUGGGCCAUGGAGGGCUACGAUCCGGCAAUAACUUCCAAGGACUCGCUUCAGGUGCGGCACAGUGGCAUGGUUUGAAACGUUAUCUUGAUGACACCGACGUGAAUGAGCACGACGAGUGGCAGGAUGUCGAGUACGCCAAAGCCUCACAGCUUGCAGAAAUCGACAGAGUGACCAUGCGCUUUUACUGGGACAUGGCAGGCCUUGUGCGUGAUCAACAGAUCGAUCCUCAGUCUCCGCUGAGUUCAAAGUACGAGGAUGAUAUCAACGGCUCUCCGCCGCCGGAAUAUGGUAUGGAUCUUGGCGUCCAUGGAGGUUUCGUGGUCUACGGCCCGUGGGCUGACCGGCAGCGCGUGAAUCUUCAAAGCGUCUUUUUUCCUGCUCCUUGCGUCGAUGCGACACCAGCGAAGCCUCUUUUGCCUGGCGAGUUCCGAGUCUGUACGAUCUUCAAGAUCGUCGUCAUCGUCGAGGAGGACGUUGUACUCAGGAUACCUUCACGAGAAGAGUCGAAGGAUUCUCGAUGGAAAGGGCGUGCAGACAAAGCGGCAAGACCGACAGACAAUCAAAGCAACGAAGCCAGCAAGGGCGGGCAUUGGAAGAAACAUCGAGGAAAGCGUCGGAAAGGAAAGCAAGCCACAGCGCCUGUGGAUGCACGGCCGUACGGCUGGCUCGAUAUCACCGUCAAGAAGGAUUCGGUUGUCAACUAUGUCAUGGACAUGUUUCCUCGGUCUGUGGGCUAUCGAAACACGCUCGAUCUGGACGUCAAAGGUCUUGAAAUGUCAUCAAGCGUGAAUCACGGCCUCUUGUGGCAAUCAGGGCCGCUGGCUCUCGAAGCCGACAUAUCACAACCUCUGACCUGGAACUCCCUGCGAAAGUGGCCGUUCAACAUUGUCGUGAAUAAUAUGGAGCUCUUCAUCCUGCGCGAUCACCUAUUCCUCAUCAUCGAUCUGGUCAACGACUGGGCAUCUGGGGCACCCUCCGAAUUCUUUACUUUCGUCCCGUACAACUAUCAGCUCGACCUCACUCUCAAAGAUUUUGUGAUGUAUUUGAACGUUAACGAUGCGAACAUCAUCAACGACCCGGCGGAUUUCGAACGUAAUAACUUUCUUACAAUCGAGGGCCAACUACAUGCGAUCCUUGGCAUUCCGAUGGAGAACUAUCGACCGAAGACGAAUGCAAUCACCUUUGAUGUUGUCGGACAUGACAUGCGCAUGCAGAUGUUCAGCCCGCCGGGCAGCACUUUGCGUGCCUUCGUCCAGCAGAAGACUAUGGUGGAACUGCCAGGGCUGACUUUGAAGGGCUCGUACAGCUCCAACCAGGAAGCCAAAAUCGGCAACGUCGACGUGCUUCGUAUGGACAUUGUUGGAAGUGGCCUUUCGCUUCAGGCUUACGGCUUCUUCGUUCGACAGCUGGUCAGCCUGAAGGAGAAUUACUUCGGCGACUACAUGCAUUUCAAAACUCUGGAAGAAUUUCAAGGUGCAAGCGACGACUUGGAAGAAGCAAAUCGCAAGACAGCCAGUUUUCCCAAGCCGUCUUCGAUCAAUGAACUGGAUGUGAUUCUCUGUAUUGUGGCAGAGGACGCGACUGUGUUUGUUCCUACGAACAUAUAUUCUUGCGAGGAGUAUGUGCGCAUCGACCUUCCGCGAGCUGAUCUAGAUCUCCGUAUCGCCAGCUACUACCUGGACAUGAGCCUUCAACUAUCGCCAUUGAGCUUUCUCUCGGGGACUGCGGCAUCGGACGACACGGACGAUGCGGCCGAGAACGCAUCUGGUACCCAGCUCUUUGUGGCUCACGUGGACCUCAAUGGACACCGUGCCUUUGGCCUGCCUCCGAAUGAAGACGCAUACGUCAGCCAAUGGGACAUCGAUAUCGGCAAAGUCAAGGGAGAGCUAUCAACGACCUUCGUCCGUGAUCUUGCGCUGGCCGGACAAGCGUUUGCGUUUAGCAUCGGCGAUGCGGAGAACGCAUUGCCCGUCAGUUCACCAGCUGUCGCGCUCGAUGCCUCUUUCGUCCAGGUACGCACUGACUACGUACGACUCUGGCUACACGUGGGCAAAGACGCCCUGCUACUUCACCUCGAUCCAAUCACAGUGGAGACGUCGGACUGGGCCAGUGACAGUUUCUCGCAGCGCGUCAAUGUCAUCGUUCCGAAACUCACACUGGCCUGCGUAGAUGGGCGCAGCGCAACUCGCAAUCGCCUGCGCGACAAGCGGAGGCACCUUGCGAGGACAUAUGCAUUCUUUCAGACCGGCAUGACGAUCGAUGUGCUUGGGCGGAAACUGCACUUUGAUGUGGAGACGAGAAAGCAGCAGAGUCAUUUCAGGUUGCAUGACCAGCGAACGAACAGAUUCCCAUUCCUGUUACGACCGGAAAUCGAUGCUCCAAUCAAAGAGGAGGAUGACCUGCCUUUCGAACCUCCCGCAAUGCCAUACCCACCGAUGCCUGUCCCAUUGAAGAAGUCUGCUACUGGUGCCCAUCGACCAGCCUCUUUAAAAUCCAGCAUCAGUGCAGUCGGCGGAAAGCAACUGCGCCACAUGAGCUCUCAAAACUCACUGGCUUCGUCUCUUCGCAAUGGUCGGCUUACAACGCUUUCGGCGCGGCCAGGCGUUCGCAACAGGACCUCGGAGAGAUCCACCGGUGGUACUUCUGCCUCGUUCCACUCUCUUCGUGGCAGCAGCCGCUCGAGCUCGUCCAGGUCCACUCGUUCACGCCCGCCUGGUCCAAAUCAUGCUGAGAUAUCUCGACCUGGUCUGUCCUUGUCCACCAUCGCUUUCUCAAGCUCAUACUCAGAACCGUGCUAUCCAAUGGAAACGGUAGAGCCCGACGAGAGUAACGUCCCUGGGUUUCCUGCUUUGCCCAGGCAGGACGAGUCGGAGUCCGAGGCAGCAUCAAUUGUGGAUGCAAUAGAGGACAUCAAGAUCGACCAGGACGCAGAGCACCAGAGCAUAUUCAUCAAGAUCGUGCCAGGUAUCCGGGCCUAUUUGGAGCCGCGUGUGGCGAUCACUGUGUCCGAACUGGUUCGGAAAGUCCUCCCUCGGAACCCUCGCGAAGUGAUGGACGAUUUCCAGAUUGGAUUGAUGGGCGCUGUGCAGAGCAGCAGUCUGUCACGCAAUGGCCACCCACUAGUACUUGAGGUUCACUGCGAAUUGCAAGGAGCUCACAUGCGCAUUGCGACGGUAGACCACGACCAAAUCGAGGAUCAAGUCGAUCUGAUCCUGGACUCCCUCGAGACACAUGUCAGAAUACGAAACUGCCUGUCCGAAGACAAGCCCGCACAUUGCCUGGCCUUACAUACAUUGCUCUCAAAGCUCGAUCUAACGUUGAAGCAAUGCCGUGACUCAUCGAAAGCGGCUCCUGCUCUGCACUUUGGAAUCAAUGAUGCUCUAGUGUGGUUUGCUCUUGCUGAUACGGACGCUGUGCACCUUUCGCUUCGAGAAACUUCGUUGAUUGUGGACGGAUCCCAAACGACCUAUAUCACUCAACUUGCCAUGAAGCUUGUGCCAGUCGCGGCCGAUGUCAUAACUAGAUUCGAGCGGAGCUCUCAGCAGAAGCUCGCCCGACUGCAGCUGCUCGCAUUUCUUUUGACGCAGCAUGGCGAGCAGAUUAGCGACCCGGCAUUCAUGGCGCGUAUGGUCUACACGCUGCGUGCCUUUCCUGACCAUUUUCGGAACACCGAUUCCUGGAAGAUUGUCUCAAGGCUCCGCUAUGUCAUGCAGAGUCUGCCUCAGAGUGUGUUUGAUGAGCUUGAGGAGAGCGUCAAAGCGAAGAGCAUCGCUGCUGCCGACGACGAGACCAUCAAAGCUCUCACGAGCUGGACGCAAUGGCGGAAUUGGGAUGUUCCCAACGCCAACCAAACUAUUGCUUCGAAAACUCUUACUGGCUCGAAGGAGGCCAAGAAGUCGAAGUCUGCCGAAGCAAAGCCUUUGACCGUGACUGUCCAGUCAGGCAUCCUUAGAGUCGCAGUCGAGCAUUCUGGCGGUACGAGCGACGUGGUGAUGGAGGGAAUGUCGCUAGGCGCCGAAAAUACUCCACCGAUCCGACCUGAAGGAUUGCUGCUUGUGGAGGAGAACCGCCGAACGCAAACUCUCCUACAGGUGCAGACCGGGACUACAGCGCUUCAUUUCGACUGGACGUUGCUCACGAUCGCUGAAGAGGUUUUGGCAAAUGUGGACAAGUCUCGACCACAGUUGUCUCGGCUCAAAACUUCAGAGUCGAGGACUACGUCACAAGCGUUGGAAGAUGGCCUUUCGCGACACGAUGUCAGCGUUGUGCUAUCGACCGACACCGGGUCGAUCACAUUGCAAACGCCUAAUUUGAGGCACGUGUCUCGCGCGGACGGGUUGAAGCUGUCAUUGAUUGGGACUAGCGAAGCAGCUGAAGACGAUUACGGGCAGUGCGUAUCGGCGCUGCUCAACUUCGACACAGCAGUGACCGAGCUGCACGGACCCACCACUCGCUUGUGGCAGACCCUCAUCACAUCGCCCAGCUUGUACAUUGAUUACCUCCAAGCCGCUGCAGGAGGUCACAAGCCUCCGUCAGUGACGCUGGCCAUUGCGUACGAAGAUCUGCAGGUCGCAGUCAAUGAACAGAUUCCAGGAAUCCUGCAUGUCAUCGAAACCGUCAUUGUAGACGAGGUCGCCCAGGUCCAAAGGGUCAUCAAGAUUGCAUCGCCUGGGGCAGGCCCAAACUCUUCAGAAAAGAAGGCCAUGCGCCCGACUUCAGCCUCUUCUACAAGAUCCCAGCUGCCAAAGCUCAAUCUCGCUAUGCUUUCCGGCAAUCUGCACGUAGAGGUGUCCCUGCUUCAGGCUCUGAGCUAUCAGCUGCAAGGUAAUGCUGCAAGCUUCCGAAUGGCGCCCAAUCUGUCGAAGGAUAAAGAGUUCAGCAUCGACUUCGACAGUGGCCGCCAGAGUCAUGCGUUUGUGAACAGUUCCGGCAACGAGCGUCACACGCAGGGAAUUGUCGAGGUGCCUCCCAUCAACGGAAAUAUCGGACUUGAACUCGGAAAGGAUCGAACUGCGAUCUCUGUCGCAUCAACUAUUGACACGGUUGAAGUUGACGCGGGAGCUAUACAAGGCCUUAUUGGAGUAUUGAACCAGCCGGAAGUGCAAAGUGUGAUCUCGGCCAUCCAAUCUGGCGUUGAAGACAUUAGACUACACGUGGCCGAAAUGUUCCCAGAGAAGAAGCCAGACCUCGAGCGAAGCCGUCUCGAGCGUCACAUCGCGUACGACGGUCGCAUCGCAAUGCUCGGGGUGCGCGUGUCUGCCACUACACCAGCGGGCAACGGCCACUCGACCGCCGAGGUUGAGUUCGGAAUUGGUCCUGUGCAUGCCACCGCCUCGAAUAGAGCUCUCGCAUCACAGACAAACUCGCUCAUACCCGAGGUCCGUGCUCACAUCCAAGGAAUAGGCGCCAGUCUUCACAUCAAGGACCGUGGACUAUUGAAACCAUGCGGAAACGUGAGCAUGGACAUCGGCAUGCAGUUCAGCAACAAGGUUGACGAGGAGCAAUUGAUCAAACGCGAAUUGAAUGUGCGAAGUGACGGCAUGGAGGUCAACGCAUAUCCCGACACUGCCUCGACCAUUAUCGAUGUCAUAAACCACUUGCAAGAUCGAAUCAAGCAUCUCGAUGUGUCGAAAGAAGUCGACUAUCUCCGCCGACUGCGAGACAAACGCAAAGACACUGUACUCCAGAGGAUCAAGGGCAAGCAAGGUUGGACAUCAGACGAAGAGUUACCGUUCUCUCCAGCCGAUCUUUUAUCCAUUGAGACAAAUGUCUUGCUCACAGAUAUUCAGGUCUGCUGGCUGGUCGAUGAUUCAUUUGCAGCAACCUCGAGCUCGAAUGUAGACGAUUUGAUCUUCUCCAUCGAGAGUGUGCAAUUCACGACGAAGGCGGGUAGUCAAGCUCGACUGUCAAUCUAUGAUGUUUUGCUACAGCUUGCAAAGAAGCAGCAAAGUCGGAUACAGCGAUCAUUGAAUUCUGCACUCCUGCCUGAAGUAGGAUUCAGUGUUGCCUAUUGGAAACAAGACAAAGACCGGAGCUUGGCGUUCAAAGCGACUGGCAAGCCGCUUGAUCUCCGCUUGGAGUCGAAGUUCAUGUUGCCCCUCUCAGCUGCGCAGAGAUCGAUCGAGACGGCAAUUGAGCAUUUCAAGUCGGGAACGGCGACGUGGAAGAGCAUGCCGACAGCUAGCGGGGCGCCCAGGAGGACGAUGUUCGACACGAAACGAAUGACUUCACUGCUCAUCGAGGCAGACUUUGCUGGCGCACAAGUCUACUUGCAAGGGUCUCGACAAGACAAGACGCUGGUUUCGCUUGCUGCUGCAGCUGCGAGACAGCAAGGCGCUAAGCAUGGCCGUUACGGGCAAUUUGCUGCCGAUGGAGCUGUCAUGAACACCACUCUGACGGCUCCCGGUAUCGCUUUCAAGCUUGAGUACAACUCUCACGAAAUCCGACCGUCGAUAAGUGGAGAGAUCAUGAUCGAUGCCUCGUCGAACAAGCUACUCCCGAAUGUAGUACCGCUCAUACUGGAAGUCACGGAAAGCGUCAAGACCGUGAUGCAGUCACAAAGUCGAAAGCCAUCGUUGGCUGCAGACAAGCGAUUGCCCACUCCGGAGAGCAAGGCACAGAAGUUCUUCGAGGACGAUUCGCUCGCCAACGCUGAUCCUGCCAAGUUCUUCGGCAAGACCAAAGUGGAUCUGGGAUUCCGAGUAUCCAAGCAAGAGUUUGGCUUGACCUGCCAGCCAAUCGCAAGGGUUGAUGCGAAGGCUUCACUAGACGACUUUUACGUGACGAUGAAUACAAUCGACUCGGAUGAGCACGGUCAUUUCUUUGCCAUGUCAGCCGUGGUAACCGGACUAAAAACCGAGGUGAAGCAUAUGUACUCGCGUGAGCCAACCUUCAGCUUCGAUAUGGACUCUGUUGUGCUUUCGGCGAUGAACAACAAGCACUUGAAUGGGAAGCCAGGCGUAUCCGCGAUCCUCAACAUCAAUCCUACACGCAUCGUCAUCAACGGCAAGCAAUUCCAGGAUCUGCUGUUGUUCCGAGAGAUCUGGAUUCCCCCGGAGAUACGCCACGCUGCUAGACAGUCGUCUGCGAACCCGACCGCAUCAUCCCCUACGCCAAAGACCGAUGACUUCUUUGUGCAGCGCUAUCAGAAUGUGGCCGCGGCCGCUGCAUUCCCCUGGGACGCAACGGUGUCCAUCAAGAAGUUGGCAGUCGAUCUUGAUCUUGGUCAGAGUAUCGGCAAAUCGUCAUUCACAAUUGAGAAUCUGUGGGCAUCGCAACAGAAGUCUUCGAACUGGGAGCAGAAUCUGUGCAUUGGCCUUGACGAGAUGGCGAUCAACAGUACAGGCAGAAUGAGCGGCUUCAUCGAGCUGAAGAAGCUAGGUGUACGAACUUCGAUCAAAUGGCCAGAGGCUGAGACCGAAACAAGCGUGCGAACAACGCCAUUCAUCCAGGCUUCAGUCGGCUUCCAGAAGCUUAGAGCCAAGGCCGCUUUCGACUAUCAAGCCUUUGCGUUUGCAGACAUUGAGAGCUUCGACUUUCUCAUGUACAAUGUGCGCGAGCAGGGAGCAAGCGCAGAUCGUCUUGUCGCCGUCCUGGACUGCGAAAAGGCGUACGUUUUCUGUACAUCGACCAGCCCGGCCCAGGCGUUUGGAUUGUAUCAAGCUUUUGACCGUCUGAUUCAAGAAAAGCAAACUGCAUACGUGCAGUCCCUGAGGGAUAUCGAGAAGCACCUCCGCCGUGAAAGUACGGCCGUGCCGACACGUUUCGGGCCACAAAUCCCAGAUUCGCCGGUGCUGGCAAGGGAGAAGAAGAGCUCAAUCUCCUUGCACACCGAUGUGGUCGUCACUAUGGGAGCCGUCUGCUUUGGAGUGUAUCCUAGCACGUUCUUCGACAGUCAGAUGCUGAAGCUCGAAGCGAACAACAUUCAAGCUCGUUUCGCAGUCGGGCUGGAGAGAGGCAUGAUCACCAGCGGCCUGGGCAUGACGCUCGGACAAUUGCAAGUUGCGCUGUCCUCUGCUAGAAAGCUCACAGCAGUCCCCAAAGCAUUGGACGUGUCCGUCGACGAGGUCAUCGCCAAUGCCCUUAACGCGAAAGGAGGCAUCAUCCUGAGAGUGCCGAAAGUCGUGGCGUCCAUGCAGACCUGGCAAACCGCGGACACAAACAGCGUGGACUACAUCUUCAAAAGUCUGUUCGACGGCAAGAUCGACGUGGGCUGGAACCUGUCCCGCAUCAACUUCAUCAAAGGCAUGUGGAUGUCGCACUCCCGCGCCUUUGCCUCACGCACCGGCAAGGCCCUGCCCGAGUCGGCCGUCAAGAUCACAGCUGGCACACAGAGCGCGGAUGAGUCACAAGGUGGUGGCGAGAGCGAUGCACAGCCGGAGAAGAUCACGGCGGAGAUCAACUUGCCGCAGUCACGAUAUGAGUACCGCGCACUCGAGGAGCCCAUCAUAGAGACGCCGCAGUUGAGGGACAUGGGUGAGGCCACGCCGCCGCUGGAGUGGAUAGGACUGAACCGCGAUCGGCUGCCGAACGUGACGCAUCAGAUCAUUAUUGUGAGUUUGCUGGAGGUGUGCAAAGAGGUGGAGGAGGCGUAUGAGAAGAUUUUGGGGUCGUCCUGA